AUGGAGGUUGACACAGGGGCCUCUGCAUCUGUCAUCAGUGAGGAGACAUACAGAAAGACCUGGGACUCAGAACAGACUCCCGCCAUCACACUGGCAGGGAUCAUACUGCGUACCUACACCGGAGAGACCAUACCAUUGCUGGGGCCUCUAGAGAGCACCAUCCAAGCACAGAGCGUGACAUACCCAGGUCACAAAAUGGAGGACAAAGUCAGAGAAAUUAAGGAUGCUCCAAACCCCAAGAACUUAUCAGAACUCGGGUCGUUCCUGCUCAUGGUGAACUAUUAUGGCUUCUUGUCCUAUCAGUGUUUCCCUGUCAUCGCUGGCUUUGUGACUGACAGGCUUCUGUCCUAUCAGUGUUUCCCUGUCAUCGCUGGCUUUGUGACUGACAGGGUUCUGUCCUAUCAGUGUUUCCCUGUCAUCGCUGGCUUUGUGACUGACAGGCUUCUGUCCUAUCAGUGUUUCCCUGUCAUCGCUGGCUUUGUGAAGUGGUCUGACUUCUCAUCCAGCAUUGUCAGGAAAACACAGCUUGAACUGGAGAGCUUCUUGUUGAAGCUUCCCAAGGAGCAGUCCACGGAGUCGUUUGAGAAGGGCAUCCUCCGGCUGCUCAACCAGGGAGACAAGUACGAGAGCAGGGGCGUGGAGAGGAACCUCAAGGAGAAGUUUCUGUCGGCUCCACAAGCUUUCCGACGGACGAGGAAGGUCUGUGGCUUCUUCCUGUGUGACUCCUCCUCUUCCUCCUCCUGCAGCUGCAGCAGAUGUAACCCUGCAGCUCUGUCCUUCAAGGAGGACGGUUCUGAGGCAUCCAGCCAAGAGGAAGUUGUGUAUUUGGAUCCGUACGUUCUGGGACACCGGAAGAAACAUAUCAGUAAUAGACCCUGUAUUAGCGUUCCCGAUGCCAAAAGUUCCCAGGGAGAGAGCGUUCCAAAGGGGUCACACAGCCUGCCUGACUGGACGAGGAAGACCUGCACGCUUCAACCCGACCAGGAGGCCUCUGGGGGCCCAGAGCAGCAUCAGGGCAGUGAGAAGAGGGGCAACCACCCUGCCAGCAUGAGGCAGCCACUGGGACCAGACAGGGAAAAGGGGAAGAAAGCAUACUUGGCGGCAAAUGGGAGCAUGGUGCCACCAGCCUCUCAGCGAGCGCGACAGUCGACAGGGAAAGACGGAGACUCCAGUCAGGAGGUAUACGGCGAAACCUCGUCUGAGAGCUACAGCUCGGCCUCCAGCCCCCAGCACCACGAACCAGAGAGCCUGGACAGCGAGGACGAAAAGGAUAAAGAAACGGACAGUACCCAGGGCCCAGCGGACUCCUUCUUCACCUGGCAGGAGGUUGCAGGUGGGGCCAUGCCCACCAUCCACCACCUGGUCUCUGCCAAGCCUGUUGGGGAGCCCCCCAGCCUUGACUAUCCCCCAAACACCUUCAUGCACCCCCUGCCCUGCAUAUUUCCCAACGGUGCCCUACCUGCCGAUGCCCCUCUGCCAGUCAUGCCCCCCCACCAGGUGGCAGCUGCCCUGGUAGACAACAAGGUGGUUGGAGGGCUGAUCAUGCAGGUGCCCCUGGUCCUCCGAGAGCCUACGUCCACCACCGUGCCAGUUCCCAUGCCAGGGGAUCCAGAGCAGAUGCCCAUGGUACUCCCAGGGUUUGGCUCCCUAGCCCUGGGCUUACACUCCCCUGGCAGCCCUGCCCUGCAGCCCCCGGUCCAGCACUUCAAGACAGCCCCUCCACAGACCACUGCCAGCUCUGAGGGUGUCACCACCCUCCCUGCCCACCAGCCCCUGGUGGAAGCUAUAAGUGUCAUCACCCCUGGUCCGCCCUAUGCCUCACCCCUGCAGCCUGCCUACUCCAACCCAGACCCUGCCGCCCCCCUAACCCCAUCCGUACCCCUGGGGGACCUUAGCAUCCCUCACAUCAAGCACCCAGAUGUGUCUCUUUUCUCGGGCUUGCCCUCCCUGUACACUAUGGCCCCCAUCCCCACUUCCGUCAUGGCCACACUAGGAGUAGCGCCUUCCCCUGGACAGGUUCAGGCGGUGGUGCCCCCGUCCGUACCCACCCACACCCCCGGCCCAGCGUCCGGCUCAACCCAGACCGACUCCAACUCCUACGUCAACAGCACCAGUAACUCCGUCGCCCAGCAACAGGCGCAACCACAACAACAACAGCAGCAGCAGACAACUCACCAGGAACAGGCCAUGUGCUGCGGGGCGUGCGGUUGCCGAGGUGGCUGCGGCAACAGCCGUACAGCGCCAUCGUUUUUCUUUCCCCACCAGAUGGCGCCACGGCAGGUGUUUGCUGCGCCGCCCAUCUUCCAGCUCACGUCCCUGUGCGCCAGCAACUACCUCAGCCAGCCGCCCCCGCAGAGCAACGGCCAGGCCCAGCUGACAUUCUUCCCCCCCGCCCCUUAUGCUGGCCAGACCCUGCUGCACACCCAUUCUGACCAUGUACUGGGCACCCAGCUAGGCUAUAGCCUCCAACAGAUGGUGUCGCCCUUCAACCGUUUCUACCCGCACAUGUACCCCUCCAGCGUGGGUAUGUUGCCCGGUUCGGGAGGGGGCGGAGGGGCCCUGGGGGUAGCGGUCGGCGUCAACAAGAACAACGGCAACGUCUCCUGCUACAACUGUGGGGUCAGUGGGCACUACGCACAGGACUGCAAACAGCCCUCUGUUGAUUCAUCACAGCAAGGCAGCUUUCGGCUGAAGUACGCCGCCUCCCACUCUCCCGAAGGACUAGACAACGCCAGCUGAACACGUCUUUUCGUUCCGUCAUCUGGUUCCUUGUCACGAGCGGUCCAAGAGAACUCUCCGUUUCAAGAGGGUUUCACUCUGAUGUUUCUCAGUCAUUGUCAUUGUUGGUUUGACCUUUUUAAAGAGCGUGUGUGAGGAGGGUCCUGAGUACUUGUGGCGGAGACGUCCUCUACGUCCCCGUCACAGCUGAGAAUGAAGCUGUCUUGUUUCCAUAGAGACGCACCCCCCCCCCCCACCCCCCCACUGAUCCUUUAGAGGCUGUUGGUAUUUUGCACUGAAAACUGGCACAAGACAGCAAGCAGCUCAUGUUCACUAACUUAUUUUUGAUAUUAGAGUGUGGAAGCUUGGGAAAAUGACACCACGUAUCCUAGAGUGUGAGAGCUUGGGAAAAUGACACCACGUCUCUUAAGAGUGUGGGAGCUUGGUAAAUGACACCACGUAUCUUAGAGUGUGUAAGCUUGGGAAAAUGACACCAUGUAUUUUAGAGUGUGGGAGCUUGGAAAAUGACACCAGGUCUCUUAGAGUACGGGAGCUUAGGAAAUUACACCACGUCUCUUAAGAGUGUGGGAGCUUGGUAAAUGACACCACGUAUCUUAGAGUGUGUAAGCUUGGGAAAAUGACACCACAUAUUUUAGAGUGUGGGAGCUUGGGAAAUGACACCACGUAUCUUAGAGUGUGUGAGCUUGGGAAAAUUACACCACGUCUCUUAAGAGUGUGGGAGCUUAGGGAAAUGACACCACGUCUCUUAAGAGUGUGGGAGCUUGGUAAAUGACACCACGUCUCUUAGAGUAUGGGAGCUUGGGAAAUGACACCACGUCUCUUAAAGUAUGGGAGCUUGGGAAAUGACACCACGUCUCUUAGAGUAUGGGAGCUUGGUAAAUGACACCACGUCUCUUAGAGUAUGGGAGCUUGGGAAAUGACACCACGUCUCUUAGAGUAUGGGAGCUUGGGAAAUGACACCACGUCUCUUAAAGUAUGGGAGCUUGGGAAAUGACACCACGUCUCUUAAAGUGUGGGAGCUUGGUAAAUGACACCACGUCUCUUAGAGUAUGGGAGCUUGGGAAAUGACACCACGUCUCUUAAAGUGUGGGAGCUUGGUAAAUGACACCACGCCUCUUAGAGUAUGGGAGCUUGGGAAAUGAUUUGUUCUCUGAAUACAUGGGGAUUCUGCGUGAUCUCGAUUAAAGAGUUUCCUAUACUUCAUUUUUACAGCUGUAUAUUAUGCCUCCUUAUUGUUAUUGGACGAGGAUUUGAAUGGUUUAACUGUACAGCUACGAAAGAUGAGUACAAACAAAAAAGUUAACUUUAAAAAAAAAAAGCUGGGAAUACUUUUACAAAUAUUUUUUGCUGCAGUGUUUAUGAAUGUACAACAUAUUUAGUUUUUCUAUGUAAGGAAUCUGGCCGUAUCAAAACGUGUUUCUUAAAGCAUUUGCCACUUGAUAAUAAUGUGAAGCGCAGAGUAAGACGUUUUUAAUCAUCAUGUUUGUCAUGUUGAAGUUAAAUGCUGCUGUGUGUUUAUUUUAGUUAUAAUCUUUGACAAUAUGCACUAUAACUACCAGGAAUUCUGAAGUUUCUCAAGUGCACUGAAACAGUCCCAGAAGAACUAGAGCCAGAUGUUAUUGCAACAGUGAAGCUCUGACAAUAUACACUGUUGACCCUCCAUCCAAUAUUCUCUUGGAAAUGCUGUGCUGACCUGCAGAGUCGGGCCACUAUUUGGCUCCUACUAUUGAUAACACUGUUCUCCUCUGAAAAUAACUAUAUUUUAUUUGAGCCAUUUCUACAGGACUGUGGUGGCCAAGGCAGAUAUCAUGUCACUUUUCUGGAGAUUCAUUAUAUUUAUUCCCACUUCUUCAUUUAAAAUGCAGCGGUGAGAUCUAACUGUAUGUUUGGUACAUUGGUAAAUGUACAACAUCAAAGAAAUAUGCACAUACACACUACGAAUUGUGUGUGUUUUCAUGUGGAGUAUGAACACGAUUAGCUUGAGCACUAAUGGAGGUGUCUGACUGGAGUUGUUUGGGGUAUCAGGAUUAGUAGCUUUCCAGGGAUUGAUUUUUUAUUUUUUUUUAAAUGUGAAAAUAACCAAACUGCAAAGCAUUCCAGUAGACUAAAUCUGAUCUUUCUUCGUCCUCCCCAUUGUUUAAAGUGAAAGACAGACAUUUUAUGGCAGUCUGGAAACUUUAGCCUGCUCUGAUAUUUUUUUCACUGAUAUAUAAAAUACAAAGAAUUCAAUACAUCUGUUUGAUUCCUCCCGUAUGUGCAGGUGAAAGGCAGGAAAUAUAUGGUACUUCUGCCUGUAACUAGCUAAUUUACAUUUUUUUUUUUGGGGGGGGGGGGGGAGCGUUGUCUUUUCAGACCUUAAAGUCAAUCCCUGCCUUCUCAGACAUAUCACUUGAGAGAAUUCUCAAUGAUUUAGAACUCUUUCAUGUCUGUCUUAAGAUUUGGGGUCUACAAGUUGUAAAACAUGUGCAUGUACAGUGGGGAGAACAAGUACUUGAUAACCUGACAAAUCAGCAGUGUUUCCUACUUACAAAGCAUGUAGAGGUCUGUAAUUUUUAUCAUAGGUACACUUCAACUGUGAGAGACGGAAUCUAAAACAAAAAUCCAGAAAAUCACAUUGUAUGAUUUUUAAGGAAUUAAUUAGCAUUUUAAGGCAUGACAUAAGUAUUUGAUACAUCAGAAAAGCAGAACUUAAUAUUUGGUACAGAAACCUUUGUUUGCAAUUACAGAGAUCAUACGUUUCCUGUAGUUCUUGACCAGGUUUGCACACACUGCAGCAGGGAUUUUGGCCCACUCCUCCAUACGACCUUCUCCAGAUCCUUUAGGUUCCGGGGCUGUCGCUGGGCAAUAUGGACUUUCAGCUCCCUCCAAAGAUUUUCUAUUGGGUUCAGGUCUGGAGACUGGCUAGGCCACUCCAGGACCUUGAGAUGCUUCUUACGGAGCCACUCCUUAGUUGCCCUGGCUGUGUGUUUCGGGUCGUUGUCAUGCUGGAAGACCUAGCCACGACCCAUCUUCAAUGCUCUUACUGAGGGAAGGAGGUCGUUGGCCAAGAUCUCACGAUACAUGGCCCCAUCCAUCCUCCCCUCAAUACGGUGCAGUCGUCCUGUCCCCUUUGCAGAAAAGCAUUCCCAAAGAAUGAUGUUUCCACCUCCAUGCUUCACGGUUGGGAUGGUGUUCUUGGGGUUGUACUCAUCCUUCUUCUUCCUCCAAACACGGCGAGUGUAGUUUAGACCAAAAAGCUCUAUUUUUGUCUCAUCAGACCACAUAACCUUCUCCCAUUCCUCCUCUGGAUCAUCCAGAUGGUCAUUGGCAAACUUCAGACGGGCCUGGACAUGCGCUGGCCUGAGCAGGGGGACCUUGCGUGCUCUGCAGGAUUUUAAUCCAUUACGGUGUAGUGUGUUGCUAAUGGUUUUCUUUGAGACUGUGGUCUCAGCUCUCUUCAGGUCAUUGACCAGGUCCUGCCGUGUAGUUCUGGGCUGAUCCCUCACCUUCCUCAUGAUCAUUGAUGCCCCACGAGGUGAGAUCUUGCAUGGAACCCCAGACCGAGGGGUGAUUGACCGCCAUCUUGAACUUCUUCCAUUUUCUAAUAAUUGCGCCAACAGUUGUUGGCUUCUCACCAAGAUGCUUGCCUAUUGUCCUGUAGCCCAUCCCAGCCCUGUGCAGAUCUACAAUUUUAUCCCUGAUGUCCUUACACAGCUCUCUGGUCUUGGCCAUUGUGGAGAGGGUGGAGUCUGUUUGAUUGAGUGUGUGGACAGGUGUCUUUUAUACAGGUAACGAGUUCAAACAGGUGCAGUUAAUACAGGUAAUGAGUGGAGAACAGGAGGGAUCCUUAAAGAAAAACUAACAGGUCUGUGAGAGACAGAAUUCUUACUGGUUGGUAGGUGAUCAAAUACUAAUGUCAUGCAAUAAAAUGCUAAUUAAUGACUUAAAAAUCAUACAAUGUGAUUUUCUGGAUUUUUGUUUUAGAUUCCGUCUCUCACAGUUGAAGUGUACCUAUGAUUUUUUUUAAAUUACAGACCUCUACAUGCUUUGUCAGUAGGAAAACUUGCAAAAUCGGCAGUGUAUCCAAUACUUGUUCUCCCCACUGUAUAUAUUACACUUGUGCAUACGGAGUACACACUCAUUUGUUGAUAUGAUAAGUUUUGUCAAUUUUCAUUAAUAGCCACACUUAGUACUGUUUUCCUCCUAAGACAUGAUUAAAAAGCUGCCCCCCCACCCCCCCAACUGGUGAGGUACUCUAAAUCUCUUCGGUUUGAUUUGAUGGAAACAGAUAUUUCUUACAUUUACCUAAAAUGUUGAGGCAAACUCGGAAUUUGAUUAAAAACGGUGUGGACAUGUGUUGAACAUAGGGAAAGAAAACUCUUUACAGAAUUGUAUGGAUGAUUGAAGAACCAUGUGAGCUUGGAGGACGAUUGUACAUAUGAACCUGCCAGUUAAACUUGUUAAAUUUUCCUGGUUAAAAAAGGCUGUACUGUAUGGGGUACACUCACUGUUACCUUCGGGUGUAUGUUUACUGUACUCUUUAUCUAAAUGUUAUUGUACUGGAAAUGUCAAAUAUAUUUCUAAAACGAAUUGGGUUUUUAUGCAAAUUGUUGAUCUGUUUUCCUGGAAUUAACAGCAAUAAAUACAAAAUCAUA